CGCUCUCGGCGCCACUCCCGGCGCCGCUCGCGAUCCCGAUCCCGAUCCCGAUCCCGAUCCCGGUCCCGGCCCCCGGCCCAUGAGGGCGGCUUGGGGCGGUCCGAUGCGGCGGCGGGCAGGAUGCACCAGAAGCUGCUGCGCAGCGCGCACUACAUCGAGCUGGGCAGCUACCAAUACUGGCCGGUGCUGGUGCCCCGCGGCAUCCGGCUCUACACGUACGAGCAGAUCCCGGUGUUCCUGAAGGACAACCCCUACAUCACCGAUGGAUACCGCGCCUAUCUGCCCUCCCGCCUGUGCAUCAAGAGCCUCUUCAUCCUCUCCAACGAGACCGUCAACAUCUGGAGCCACCUGCUCGGCUUCCUGCUCUUCUUCACGCUCGGCAUCUACGACCUGACGGCCGUGCUGCCGGCGGCCGGAGCCUCCCGCGAGGACUUCGUCAUCUGCUCCGUCUGCCUCUUCUGCUUCCAGGUCUGCAUGCUUUGCUCAGUAGGAUAUCACCUGUUCUGCUGCCACCGCUCCGAGAAGACGAGCCGGCGCUGGAUGGCCCUGGAUUACGCGGGAAUUUCCAUCGGGAUCCUAGGCUGCUACGUGUCAGGCGUGUUCUAUGCCUUCUACUGCAGUAACUACUGGCGCCAGGUGUAUUUGAUCACUGUGCUGGCCAUGAUCCUGGCAGUGUUUUUUGCCCAGAUCCACCCCAGUUAUCUCACACAGCAGUGGCACAGGCUGCGCUCCGUCAUCUUCUGCUCCGUGUCUGGCUAUGGAAUCAUUCCCACCAUCCACUGGGUUUGGCUCAAUGGUGGCGUUGGUGCAUCCAUUGUACAGGAGUUUGCUCCCCGGGUAUUUGUCAUGUACUUCAUCGCUGCUGUAGCUUUUCUCUUCUAUAUUUCCAAAGUUCCAGAAAGAUACUUCCCAGGCCAGCUGAACUACCUCGGCUCGAGCCACCAGGUUUGGCACAUCCUGGCAGUGGUGAUGCUGUACUGGUGGCACCAGUCCACAGUGUACAUCAUGCAGUACCGACACAGCAAGCCCUGUCCCGAGUACAGCACGGACUUGUGAGCCAAGAGGCAGCACGAGAGGAGCUGUGACUGAGGGUCUGGACCUCAUGUGAUGAGCGGUGCUGUCAAGGACUGAGGCAGUUCCUUUGCUGACUCCUGGACUGUUACCCCUUGCUGGGACAGUGUUACUGCAAGCUUUGAUCAACACAGCAGUGCUGCCUGGGACCUGAGGGGCAUUUCCUUCUCAGCCAGUUGCUGCUCUGCAGUCAAGUGCCAAGCAGCUCUUCCUGGAGCGAGACAGCAGCAGGCUGAACUGACUUGGCCAUCGAUGCCAGCAGGGUGUUUUGGUGCCUGGCAAACACCAACAGCUCAGCCAAGAGUACUCAAGCCUGGACACUAGGUUCUCAGGUGGUGUGCACAGCUAGAACACUUCUGACAGCGUGCCUGUAAAGUGUAGUAACUGUUGGAGCCGGUCCUGGAUCCUUCAGCCUUUGCCUGGGAGAUGUGCUUAUACUGCAGCGUUGGCACAGGAACGGAGGAACUGGAAUUCAGUGGAUUUGGGUCCUGCUCUGGACAAGCUCUUUCCCACUCCCCUGGAGAUACGAUCACAUGACAUCCAGCACACCUCAAUCUCCACUGCAGAUCUCAAAGAUAGCCUCCCCCAAAGGGGGGUCAUGCCAUGGCUUGAAGGAAUUUCUCUAGCCAGUAAUCUGGAAUCGGUUUUCUAAAACACUCCAGGAGUAGCACUAAGCCUGCGUGUCCAUGGUUGUUGCUGUUUUGCAAUCAGUGACCCUGCUGCAGAUACAAAUUCCUGACCUUUGGCCUUUCCAUGCACUCACAGAUACUGCUGUCCAAAAGGCCUUGCUGCCACCCUCCUGCCACAGUGCAAAGGCUGACUGGAGUUCCAGGAUGUGUUGCAGCCCCACCUUUUAUAAAAUGAACACUAAGGAGCCAUGAAAUACACUGGUUAUUGCAUAGCUGCAGCCCAGCACAAGCUCCUGGGCUGCCAGUCUUCCAAAGAGCAUUGAAAUCCGCUGGACUUGUGGGUUAGAGGUAAGGAUGCUGUUGGGACUGAUCCUGAGUGACUGUCCUUGUGGAGAGUGACUUCCUCAGGGCAGGCAGCCUCUGUUAGUUGCACAAAGCUGCCUCUCCCUGGGCUAAGGCAGAGGAGCAGGACUUGUUUUCUGGUCAGGGUGUGCCAAGGAGACAGGGUGUGGACGUGAACGCUUACAGAUGGGCACCUGAACUCCUUGGGCACGCUUGGAAGAGGCAGGAUACAAUCUCCUCCUGCUCUACUGGACAGGGAUGUGGUCUGUUUAGGUCAGAGGGUGAUUCUGGUGCUUUUUUGUGGUUUUUGGGGUUUUUUUUUUAAACUCCAAAAACAAGUAUUGGCAAAACUGACUCCGCAGUAAUGAUUCAGCUCCCAGAGCUUUAAGCCUUUCAGUGUAAAUACUGAUUUUUUAAUGAUUUUUUUUAACUUGACUGCCAAGCAAGUUUCAAGUGCACUAAUUACUACUACUGAAGCCUGACAAGGAACUUGCAGUAUAAAAGUCUGUUUCCAGUGUUAUGUGUACAGUAAUACCUGUAGAAUGUGUCUGUGCUCUGAAAUAAUACUGACUUUAGCACUCACUAAUGUAUUUUUUUAAUGGAAACUCUUAACUACUCUAGCAGUUUUCACCAGAUAAACUCAUUGCCAAGCUGUGCAUUUUUACCUGACACAAUUUAUCAAGCUGCAUGAUGGUCUUUGAUGUACAUACUGAACCUAUAAAUAAAUUGCAGUUCAUUGGCUUUUC